AUGACGCAUUUAGAUCUGGCAAAGCUCAAUGCUCAUGUGCAAGCGCAGGCGAAGCGAAGAAUUGAUGAUGCUCAUGCAUCCAAUGCAACUGACGUUGCCAAAUAUGCUACAAAGAAGGCAAAAAUAGUAGGUGCUGGUACCACAGUACGUCGUUCUGCGAGACUGGCCACUGCGACUGGCCUGGAGGAACGUACUGGAAAGGAAGCGGAAAUAGCAGAUGCUGUUUACAUAGUACGCCGCUUUGCGAGGUUGGCCGACAGUCGAUUAGAGACAGGCCAUGGCUCGAUGAGGGAGACCGAGGAAAAGGAAAUUAAAAUUAAGCACCGCAAGUCUUCGGCCAAGAUAUUAACGGCGCAGAGCCAAAAGGGAGAAGGUGGACAGCCUGAGACAUUCAUGAAUACGCCUGUCGAUAUAUUCUACAAAAUUGCGAAGUAUUUGACUCCGCGUGACUUACUGUGCCUUUCGCGUACUUCCAAGGGUCUGCGCAGUGUUCUAACUUCAAAGCAGACCGACAAUAUAUGGCGUACUGCUCGUGAAACCUUCGAGUUACCCAACUGCCCUCCGGACCUGUCCGAGAUACAGUAUGCGGAGCUUGUCUUCGGCAAGCACUGCUGCCUAUGCAACGCACCUCGAGCUAGAAACGUAUUUUACGAGCACAGGAUGAGACUCUGCGGGCGCUGCCGGGACGCGAAGCUAGUUAAUUGCUCUUUAUUAGCAGUGCAUUGUUACUACCGGUUCGACGAAUUACGAAGCGUACACGACAAGCUACAUGCCCUCACUGCGAGAUCUUCAGAGCGUGCAAAAUUUAUAGCUGAGAGGAAACAAAAGAUCGCGGAAAUAAGGAAACAUGUAUCGAAACUUCAAGAAUGGCUACGAGAACAAGCAUCAAUAAAGCAGAUAAAGCACAGGGAGAAUUGGGAAAUCGGUAAACAGAGAGAAUCUAUGUGCGAACACAGAUUUUGGUUCCUUGCAAUCUUCUGA